AUGUCGUCCGGUGGUGCAGCUCUCCAACCCACAUUCAAUGGUCAUGUAUCAACCACACAGGAUGCUCUUAUACUCUUCGAGGCGUGCUUACAGGGCCAUCUGUCGCACGUACCGAGAAGACCUCACGAUAGAGAACGUAGCACACUGAUCAGAAGUGGCUCGGUCUUCAUAUACGAAGAGAAUGCAUCAGGCAUCAAGCGCUGGACAGAUGGCGUCACCUGGAGUCCUUCCCGUAUCUUGGGGAAUUUCCUUGUCUACCGUGAGCUGGACAAACCAUUUCCGCCAGGAGAGAAGAAACGCGCAAUGAAGAAGCCCAACCGCAGACCUAGCAGACCAGGAGAACCAUACCCUUCACCCACACAGAGGACCGAUUACACUGCGUCGAGUCCGAACAGCUCAUUCGGCACCGAAAGGCAACCAACAGAUGCAGAGAGGCAAUUAAUCGGAAGCCUGAUCGACAGCUACGGUUUCAAGAUCAAUGGACUGGUGAAGAAGACAAUGAGUGUGACUGUGCAAGGGGUGACGCAUCACCUGGUCUCAUACUACAAUGUCGAGGACGUCAUGGCAGGAAACUUAAGGGCACCAUCACAGACUGACACAUUGCAAUUCAUUCGGCCGCGGCCUGAGUUGACCAGCAAACAAAGUUUUCGUUCUCCUCUUGAAGAAACGGAGGAUGUAAGUGAGCUCUCGGGUCAAAAUGGGUAUGCGUACAGGAUGGCGCCUGGAGGUUAUGAUUACGGCAAGCAGUCGCAGAUGUACUAUCCACAACAAACAUAUCCUCCCAUGGCAGGGCCACAACCCCCUAUGCCUCAGUACACAAGCUCGAUUCCAAGUAUGACACCGAGCUACCUACAGACCGGCAUGACUCAUGGGUCAAUGGGACAAGAACGUCCACAGUACGCACAGUAUGACCACAACGCUUAUGGCAGAAGCAUUCCGCCAACUCCGGCUAGCUCGAUCCCAACCUCCGUGCCGGAUCGCGCACCACAAUCCAUGUAUCCCCCGACCAGCAUGGGCCGACCAAUAUCAGCCUUGAGCCCGGUGAAUAUGGAUGCUAGGAAUUCCAUGGCAUAUCGACCGAAUCACUACGGUAGUAUUCUGUCCAUCACAGCACCAAGCGAUGUACACCGUCAUGGUCAGCAGUCUCCUGUAAGCCUCAAAUAUGAAGAACGAAGAGAUGCGCAACAAGGUGUGCCACCUUCAUUUGCGGCAGGAGCUGCACCAUACUACAGCAACACGCAAAUGACCGGAACGUGGAAUGGCCCAGCACAGCAUUGA